AUGUCGGAAACAGAUCUCUCCUCUUCUACAUCUCCCUCUGCUGCUGCUGGUCAGACUUCUGCGCCCAAGGUAGUCUUGGGGACUACAAUAAAAUUGAAUGGUACAAACUAUCUACUCUGGGCUCAGGCUUUCCGCAUCUUCAUUGGCGCUCAGAGCAAACUUCCACAUCUUCUGGCCUCUCCUCCACCCACCACAGAUCCCACCUACAGUUCCUGGCUCUCGUCUGAUUAUUGUGUUAUGACGUGGCUCCUCAACAGCACGGAACCACAGAUUAGUAGCAGUGUUAUGUUCUUAACCACUGCGAAGGAGAUGUGGGACAACCUGAAGAUUAUGUACGGAAAUGAGAAGAAUGCUUCCCGUGUAUUUGAGAUUUAUGAGCGACUGUUUACGCUCAAACAGGGAGAUAGGUCAGUUCCGGAGUUCUUUGGUGAGUUAAAGGGACUGAUAGACGAACUGGAGAUGCAUCAGCCUACAGUAGCUGAUGCAGCGACGUUGUUGGGAUAUCGCCGUGACUUGGCAGUGUCCAAGUUUCUUUCUGGAUUACACCCUAACUUGCAGUCCCAGGUGAGAGGACAGAUAUUAAGUGGAGAUACCAUCCCCUCACUGACUGCUACAUUCUUCAGAGUCAUGCAAGUCUCUACUGGUGUUUCUUCUGAUACUUCUGCACCGUCUCCACCUUCAGUGGAUCAGUCUGUCAUGUUCUCUAGUAGAGGCAGAGGCCGCGGUCGUGAUUCUUUGGGAGGACGUGGCUCUUUUAGUGGGAGACAUGGUGAUUCUGAUAGGGGUUCACGUCAGUGUGGUCAUUGUGGGAGGACCAAUCAUAUUUCUGAGAAAUACUGGGAAAAGUUUGGUCGUCCUCAAUGGGCCCAAGUAGCCGAUGCCGAGUCGACUCGCUCACCUAUUUCUACUAUUAUUUCUAGUAAUCCAGGUACUACUGUUCCUACUGUUCAGAUUUCUCAGGCAGAUUAUGAGAGGUUACGCCAGCUAGAGAUCUCUUAG